GCUCUGGCUGACUAUGUCCAUGCCCGGGGCCUGAAGUUGGGCAUUUAUGGCGACCUGGGCACCCUCACUUGUGGGGGCUACCCAGGCACCACGCUGGACCGUGUGGAGCAGGAUGCCCAGACCUUUGCUGAGUGGGGUGUGGACAUGCUGAAGCUGGAUGGGUGCUACUCGUCAGCAGAGGAGCAAGCGAAGGGCUACCCAGCAAUGGCAAGGGCCUUGAACGCCACAGGUCACCCCAUCGUCUACUCCUGCAGCUGGCCAGCGUAUCAGGGGGGGCUCCCCCCCAAGGUGAACUACACCGUCCUGGCAGAGGUCUGCAACCUGUGGCGUAACUACGAUGACAUCCAGGACUCCUGGGACAGUGUGCUUUCCAUCCUGGACUGGUUCUUUGCAAACCAGGACGUGCUGCAGCCAGCGGCUGGCCCUGGCCACUGGAAUGACCCUGACAUGCUCAUCAUUGGAAACUUUGGCCUUAGCUAUGAGCAGUCACGCUCCCAAAUGGCCUUGUGGACAGUGAUGGCAGCUCCUCUCCUCAUGUCCACGGAUCUCCGCACCAUCUCGCCGAGCGCCAAGGAGAUCCUGCAGAACCGCCUGAUGAUCCGGAUCAACCAGGACCCCCUGGGAAUCCAGGGGCGCAGGAUUGUCAAGGAGAAAUCCCACAUCGAAGUGUUCCUGCGCCCGCUGUCCCAGGCUGCCAGUGCCCUUGUUUUCUUCAGCCGGAGGACAGAUAUGCCCUUCCUCUACACGACCAGCCUGGCCAAGCUGCACUUCCCUGAGGAUGCCGUGUAUGAGGUCCAAGACGUGUUCAGCGGGAAGAUCAUCAGCGGCUUAAAGACAGGAGACAGCUUCUCGGUUGUUAUUAACCCCUCGGGAGUGGUGAUGUGGUAUCUCCAUCCCAUGGCACAGCCCUGGCAUGGUGUCAGACAGCAAGGCCCCAGCAAGGGUUUCCACCCAGUCCUUCUGUAA